AAAAUGUCCUCAAAUAAUGGAGAUCGCUCGCACACGCUCCUCAAUGGCGCUUGGACUUGUACGCUCCAAAGCAAACCAAAAACACAGAGAAGAGUAAAAGGUGAGCCUCUGUGUAGGAGUUUGUGUGAUGGGUAGAUUCUCGGAUAGCAUCAAAGAGGUGAAAUUGAUUCUGGAAUAAUCAGUCUUUAGGCGUCGGUUCGGUGACCUAUACCUUGUAUUUAUCUUUCAUCCUCAUCCGUUUGGGUUUGGGCUUGUUCGAGUACGGAGUGAAGAAAGUGGACUUGUUUGGAGCUCCGUUUCACAGAAACUGCAGCAAUUUUCCUGGCUUCUCUUCUGUCGAGAUGGAUGAAAUUAACAAGAACCCAUCUGAGCUUCACAGCUCCCAUGUCUGCAAAGAACUGAAUACCAACAUUAUGGACUUGAACAAGAAAAGAAAAUUACAGGCUGAGCUAUUGGAUUUGCCUUUACCAAAGCAUAUAUGUUGUGGACGAAGCUUUAGUUCUCAAAUUGUCUACCCACUUGAUGAAGACACAGAAAUAGAGGACUUGCAUGCACAAAUAGUUAAGGAAGAAACAAAUGGAGAGACCAUAGAUGAUGGAUCAGAACCCGACUCAGCAAAAGAUAGCAAUAGCCUUGCUGGAUAUUCGGAUUCUGUCAUUUCUGUAUAUGGUGAAGCUAAAUUUGAACCAGAGUGUGAAAAAACAUGCCCAUACAAUUACCCUUACAGCUCAUCUGUUAACUGGGGGGGCAACAGUUCCAGGGAUGACCUUUAUUCUUUGAAAAGCACAAGGAUGACACCAGAUGUUAGCAAAGACAAGAUGACAUUUUUCUCAGGAGAACAUGAUCCAUUAGUAUCUCAGAAUCUUGAGGAGCAGCUUCUGGAAUUUGGGAACGAUAUAGAUUUCAUGUGCUCAGAAUAUAGAGACGGGAUGGUUGAGCACUCCAUGGAUAAGGAACUUGCAGAUAUGCCCUACUCCAGUGGGAUGAAACCAAAUAAUUAUGUUCUUUCAUCUGGAAGGUGGAGUGUAAACCAAGAUGCUCAAAUUGGGACCAGGAAGCCAACCAUUGAUCAAGAAUUUGAGCAGUAUUUUUCCAUGCUUAUGCUGUAAUAGAAAUCUCUUAAAUUUGAAUAGUUAAAAAUGUAUAUUUCACAUACAUGUGUUGUAUGUACUAUUUCGUGACUCAUGUAAAAUGUUAACACAGCUUCCUUCUAUUUUGUUCCAAAUAAUCUUGUGCAAAAGAGACUUAUCUGUAA